AUGGUAAAUAAAAAAUUGGAAUUACUUUUAAAGUUUGUUGAACAACAACAUAAAAUGAGAUUACAUAUCUUAAAUAUGAUUAAUGAAUACAAUAACACUGACAGCGACAAUGAUAGUGAUGAUAAUGAUAGUGAUGAUGGUUAUAACAUACAUAUAUAUACUACUCAUAUAUCUCAGAACCAGCUUCAAGAACUAAAGUCUCAAAUACUUCAACAUCUUACUCCAGCUCCACGUGAAGUUACUGCAGCUGUGAAUAAAUUAUCAUUUGCACAGGCAACCUACCUGUUGUCAGUAUAUUAUUUAGAAACUAUGCGAAUACAAAACUCAAAUGAUCCAAGCCUACAGCCAAUUUUUGAUUACUUAUCAGAUUAUGCUAUUCAGAAAGAUAAAACAGGAUUAUGGCAUUGUGUUUCUAGCGUUGGGGAUAAAGUAUUUUCAUUAUUUUUAAAUGCGAUGUCUACACAAGCAAAGGAUGAGACUAGAGAAAAAAAAUUGGAGUACCAUGCUCAAUUAUUAUUGGUUAAUUUUAAUCAUGUACAUAAAUUGAUUCAAUGUGUGGCAGACAAAUGGCUUUCUGGACUUGUUAGCAAGUUCCCACAUUUAUUAUGGAACCAACGUGUACUUUGGACUAUGUGUGACAUACUUCAAGUCUUAUCUUAUUCUUUGGAAUUGAAUCCUAAUAAUGAGACUCCUUGCAUUCAAAUACCAUCUUCCCCAUUUACACUCAUAUUAAUGGAUACACUUGAAGCAAGAGAAAGUACUACUAAUGACUUUGCAGCGAGGUCAUUAGGAUUCAUUCAAGAAGCAAUGAAAUGGGCCCCUAGUGCUACUCGAUCACAUCUUCAACACUAUUUAACUCAAAUUCCCAGUUCAUCGUAUUGGCAUCAUUCAGGACUAUCCUUAGCUACAGAAAGUGUUUUGCAAAGUAGCGGUCUAAAUUUUCAUGCAGCACCAUUAUCAAAAACGACACUUGAUAAAAGACCACGUUGUGUAAAAACAGAUUCUUCCUUAUACAUUACGACUCUAGGUUUGAGAAGUCAUUUUUCAGGUAUUGUGUCAGGAAUGAUAUCAGCUUAUGAAAAUAGCCCUGAACAAUUAGUGGACAAUGUAAUUGCAAAAGUUUGGAGUGCUUGUAAUAAUGAUAUUAAUAAUAUGCAUCAUAAUGCAUUAUGGACUGCUACAGCUUUACUUAUAUCAAUUUCUGGAUGUACUAGAAAACUGUUGCACGUAGUUGCAUGGUCCCAAGUAAUGUUAUUCACUACUAAAGCAAUGAGAACUGCAGUUGAAUGUUGGCAAUGGUUAACUACUUCCCGACCAGAUUUGGAAUUACAGUUCUUACAAGAAAUGUUUGCUGCUUUUCAGUAUACAAUUGAUAGCCGCAUAGGUUUAUUUGCAAAAGAUAUAGAACAAGUGAGUCCACUUGCAGUGUAUGAAGGAUGUACUUUAGAACCUAAUCCUCAUUUUGUUAAACCUCAUGAUGUUUGGGUUCAAUAUAUAUGUGAAGUGGUUGAUAAUGUGAAGUCUUGUAGUCAAGAAAAGGUAGAAAUGUUAGCUAUGAUGUUACACCGAUCAUUACCUAUGAGUGUUGGAACUUCCGAUGCAUUCAUUAGUCGUCAUAUAGAUGCUAUUGGAACACGAUUUAGAUUAUUACAAUGCGGAUUAACAUUGUUGCAAGGAGACGUGUUACCUAAGUCACUUGGAAAAAAUAUACUUCGAGAAAGAGUAUACUGUGCUUGCUUUGAUACUUUUACGACACCUGUUCAAUGUCCAACUCAACGUGGCUCAGAAUUACGAGAUGACAUACUUGCACUUACUAAAUUCUGGCAGACAAUGCAUUCGGAUAAGAAAUAUUUAAUGGCCAGUGUUAUUGGUGAUUUUGACCUUCAAGGAGGUUCUUUGCAAACUCCUAGCAAUACAAUCUAUGAUCAUCAAUUAACAAUUUCAUCUCUAAAUGAAUUAACUGUAUCCAGUAUUGGUGCGGUAUCUGGAAAUUCUGGUUCAUCUCAAGGCUGGAUGAACACUGUACCAUUAUCAUCAUCUGCUACAAAUACACUGAACAAACGUACAGCCAAUAAUUUAAGAAUGAAACGUCAAAAUGGCAAUGCCAAUCAAGAUUUAUAUGUUAAAGAUUACAUAAAAAAGCGAAUUCUCAUAUUAGAUCUUUUGGCUGUUCAAAUUGAAUUUUUGAGCACAUGGCAAAACCCUGCUAAUCUGUCUGAACUUAAUGUUCCUGGAGAAGAAAUGGUAGCUUCUUGGAAGUCUAAAACCGUUCCUGAUAAGUCCCUGCGUGAAAAUACAAGACUUGCAUGGGAAAUCAGUCCUGCUCUUUGCGUAUUCCUACCAGUUAGAUUAAAAAAUGCUGACUGUAUUGUUAAAGAGGUAUGCAGAAUGGUUAGGGCAAGUCCAAUGGUUGUUUCACAUAUACCUGAAGCCUUGCAAUAUUUGGUGACCACUGAGACUCUUUUAAGUGAUGCUCCAGAACUUGUAUACAUGUUGACAUGGGCAAGAGUUACUCCUGUUCAAGCAUUAUCAUAUUUUUCAAGACAAUAUCCACCACAUCCAAUAUCUGCACAAUAUGCAGUCCGUGUUCUAGCAAGUUAUCCAGCUGAUGCAGUAUUGUUUUACAUUCCACAAUUAGUACAAACUCUUCGUCAUGAUACAAUGGGUUAUGUUUUGGAGUUUAUCAAAUCGAUUUCAUUACGGUCCCAAGUAGUUGCUCAUCAACUGAUCUGGAAUAUGAAGACAAAUAUGUACAUAGAUGAAGAAAUGCAGCACAAAGAUACUGCUCUUUAUGAUACAUUAGAUACAUUAACUAAUGCAAUAGUCAAUUGCUUAUCAGGUCCUGCUAAAAAGUUUUACGAACGUGAAUUUGACUUUUUUUCCAAGAUUACUGAUAUUUCUGGCAAGAUCAGACCUUUUCCUAAAGGACCUGAACGUAAACGUGCAUGUUUAGAAGCACUAAGCAAAAUUGAAGUUCAAGCGGGAUGUUAUUUGCCUUCAAAUCCUGAAGCAAUGGUUAUUGAUAUUGACUAUAACAGCGGUACUCCAAUGCAAAGUGCUGCCAAAGCUCCAUAUUUGGCUCGGUUCAGAGUGAGAAAAUGUGGUAUAAAUGAAUUAGAACAAACUGCAAUGGCUAUAUCUAAUCAACAAACAUCUGGUAAAACUGGACAAUUUGUUGAUUCAUCUUCUAUGAUGGGCUUAGAUACGUGGCAGGCAGCAAUAUUCAAAGUUGGAGAUGAUGUACGUCAAGAUAUGUUGGCUCUUCAAGUAAUCAGUAUUUUUAAGAAUGUUUUCCAACAAGUUGGAUUAGAUUUAUUCUUGUUCCCAUAUCGAGUAGUUGCUACUGCUCCUGGUUGUGGUGUGAUAGAAUGUGUUCCAAAUGCCAAAUCGAGAGAUCAAUUGGGUCGUCAAACUGACUAUGGAAUGUAUGAAUAUUUUAUCAAAACUUAUGGCGACGAAAACACAAAAGAAUUCCAGAACGCUCGACGCAAUUUUGUCAGAUCGAUGGCUGCUUACAGUGUUAUUGGAUUCUUAUUGCAAAUAAAAGACAGACAUAAUGGAAAUAUAAUGUUGGAUACUGAUGGGCAUAUUAUACAUAUUGAUUUUGGAUUCAUGUUUGAGUCUUCACCUGGAGGUAAUUUAGGUUUUGAACCAGAUAUUAAACUCACUGAUGAAAUGGUGAUGGUAAUGGGUGGAAAAAUUGAUGCUCCAUCCUUUCGAUGGUUCACUGAAUUAUGUGUUCAAGCCUACUUGGCCGUCAGACCUUAUAAGGAAGCGAUUAUAUCAUUAGUGUCUCUAAUGCUUGAUACGGGACUACCUUGUUUCCGUGGUCAAACUAUCAAACUGUUACGAGCUAGAUUUGCACCUCAAUCAACUGAUCGGGAAGCUGCAGUGUACAUGAUGAAUGUCAUUCAUAAAUCUUUCCUCAAUUUUAGAACAAUUGCAUAUGAUUACUUACAACUCUAUCAAAAUCAAAUCCCAUGCUAAAGUGAUUAUGAUACUUAACUACCGUUUGUUAUUUUAGCUUUAUUGUGCCCCUGUUAAUAGUUAAUUUAAAUUUCAUUAGACGCUAUGGAAUUAUUUUAUUUUGUAUUUUCGUAAUCUAUUAUUAUGUUUGUCUUAGGUUUUGUGGAAUUAGUAAAUGGUUUAUUUAUAUCUUGAAUGUUUAAUAAAUAUCUACUCUUUUGAGUUGUAGUUACCAGA